UGGAUAUAUGGCUGUCUCUCUCUCUCUCUGCGUCCAGCUAUGAUCAACAAAUGUCUAAAAGGUCUCUUCAUUGGAGCGAAUGUCAUUUUGGCAGUGUGCGGGCUGUUGUUCGUUGCUUCUGCCUCCUUCCUUCACUACAUCAUGCAGUCUCAUGAAGUGGACGUGUCCGUGUUGUGGGAGUUGUUUGGCCUGAUGGGAGGCGGUAUGAUGCUGACGUCUGGACUCUACAUCUACGGGGCCACCAGAGACAAGACAUGGCCACUAACUGCUUGUAUCACAGCAACUCUUAUAGGUGUAGUUGUAUUUCUGAUGCAAGGAGCUCAAGCCAUCAAACUCAACCCUGUGGUGAUGAAGUACGUGAAUCACUAUGUGAAGUCAGAAGAGAAAAGGAGAGCGGUAGUUCUUGGUCUGAAUGCAGGACUGAGUACGAUGUUUGGGCUUGCAGCACUCGAGGUUGUUGUGACGAUUUUGGCUGCACUCAUCAUCCAUCAGCAGCAGAAGCAUCAAACUGCAAUACUAGAUCCCGCCACUGGAGGCAGUAAACCUCCAGCCUACACUAAGCUGUGCCCUAUAGUACCCUCUAUAGAGACAGCAGAGGACUACACUAAGCUGUGCCCUAUAGCGCCCUCUACAAUAGAGGACUACACUAAGCUGUGCCCUAUAGCUCCCCCUAUGGAGACAGUAGAGGACUAAGCUAAGCCCUAUUGCGCCCUAGACCAAGACAAAUGCAGAGUUGCUUAAA